AUGGGGACCCCCAUGAUCACCAUGGCAACGGGGAGCCCCAUCAUCAUCCUCAUAGUGAUGAAGGCCAUCAUCAUCCUCACCAUGGAGACCCCCAUCAUCACCAUGGCAACCUGGAGCCCCAUCAUCAUCCUCAUAGGGAUGAAGGCCAUCCUCAUCAUCACCAUGGAGACCCCCAUCAUCACCAUGGCAACCAGGAGCCCCAUCCUCAUCCUCCUAGCGAUGAAGACCAUCAUCAUCCUCAUAGUGAUGAAGGCCAUUACCAUCCCUAUAGUGAUGAAGACCAUCAUCAACCCCAUACAUGGCAACCUUGAUGACGGUCCCCAUGGGGGUGAUGAAGGCCACGACGACGACAGCCACGAGGGGGGGGAUGAAGGCUCUGACCUUCCUCCUCCUCCUCAGGCCCACUCCAGCCACCCCCAUGAUGAUGAUGAUGAAGAUGAAGGCCUUCAUCCCCAUGGGGAUGAUGAUGAAAGGCACCGUUACCAUGGAGACGAAGGCCAUGGUGACCCCCCCAGCUCCAAGGAGGAGGAGGAGGAUGAUGAUGAUGAUGAUGAAGAUGAUGAUGAUACCUCCUCCAAAGAGGAUGAAGGGAGUGAGGAGGAGGAGGAGGAGGAGGAUGAAGGCCGGUACCAGCCCGGCUCCAUCUGCCGCUAUUGCACCUUAUGCAAGCGCUGCCAGCACUGCACCCACUGCCCCUGUGCCGAGGGGGAGUCCUGUCCUCACUGUGAGGGCUGCCAGUUCUGUUACCUGUGCCCCCUGCUGUGUGACACUGCCUGUCAGCCUGGCAGCCUCAUAGAUGAGCUCUCAGGGGCCUUCCUUCAGUCCCUCUCCAGCUUCUUCGAGGGACCAGAGGCUUGAAUGGAUUUGGG